AUUUAUGAAAAGGCACAUUGCGUUUACAUGGAGCGCUCGCAUGGGUGCCGUACUCAGGUCACUACGACUUUGAGAAGGUUCGCGGGACCGUAAUGAGAGGAACAUCAACGAAUUCGGAAGGAAAAAACAUAAAAUCGCAAAUAGGGCACAACAGACUGGUGGUUUCCUAGUUUGGGUGUAGACCGUCCUGACUGACGUUGAGUGUUUUUUUUUGGCAGGUUGGUCCUUGGGAGUAAGUAUGCUGAGAACUGUAAAACCGCGCAAUGCUAGGUCCAAGCGGGCUUUGGACGCUCGUGAAGCGAAGGAGGUCGAGGAUGUUCGGACGGCGAUAUUUGUCAAGGGGACUCAUACAGGGGAGGUUGUGAAUGGUGUGAUGAAGGAGCUAAUGGCGCUCAAACGACCAGACGCGAUCUCGUUCUCAAAGAAAAACGCCAUUCACCCCUUUGAGGACGCUUCGUCGCUUGAAUUCUGGGCAGGUAAAAAUGAUGCGUCCAUGUUCCUCAUGGGCCAGUCUACGAAGAAGAGACCUGCAGGUCUUAUUAUUGCACGUACAUUCGACUCGAAAGUACUGGAUAUGUGCGAACUCGGAGUAGACAAGUUUGUCAGUAUGGCAGAGUUCAAAACACCAAAAUCAACACCGGGACAUAAACCCAUGAUGCACUUCGCAUCAGAACUAUUUGAUACCCAUCCUCGGUUUAUGCAAUUAAAAUCCCUGCUCAUGGAUUUCUUCAAUGGAGAAGUCAUCGACUCGAUAUGUUUACCAGGACUGGAGCACGUCAUCAGCGUCAGCCUCGCCCCCGCUCCGUCACUCCGUCCAGCAAAUCCUAUUCUAGGUGAAUCCCAAGAAGACGACAUCCAAAAUCUACCCAAAAUCCAUAUACGGACGUACACUGUAAAACUACUUCCGUCGGGAACGCGUGUACCGCGAGUCGAGCUGACGGAGAUGGGACCCUCCCUUGAUCUAUCAUUGAGACGGCAUCAAGCUGCUGACCCAGAGAUGUGGAAGGCGGCUAUGAGACGACCAAAGUUGAAGAAGCAAGACUUGGAGAAGGGUCUUGGCAAGAAGAAGAAAAAUAUGGAAGUGGACGAGAUGGGCGAUUUGAGGGGACGGGUGCAUAUCGCGAAACAGGAUCUCGACAAGCUCCAGACGCGGAAGAUGAAAGGCUUAAAGAGUACGCCGUUGGAAGAGGAUGGGAGUUCGGAAGAUUCAGGCAGCGAGCAGGAGGACGACCCUCGACAGAAAAAGCGAAAGCGGGAUUAAGGGUGAUUGUAUUGAUAGUUUGAUCAUGCAUGUGCGCCGUGACCUGUGGGGUUAGUAUUACACGUUCUUUAACGGGCUGGGCAGAACUUGCCUCGUGCUACGUGUCUCCCACUUAUCGCCUUUGAGGCCCGGCUUACGUAAGGA